AUCUAAUUCUUUAACAAUAAACCAAAGCAAACCCCUUUGAAAUAGAAUGGGAAAGGGACCAAAAAUGGUGUUAAUGAAUCAAUGUACAAGUCAGAAAUAAGAAGAAGAUUAAUUGAAGGUUUGCAUACUAAUAUUAGUCGUGCAGACCUCAGACAUAAUGGAGGACGAAGAUGUUAGCCCGAAUGCUUCAUUACAAAGGAAUGGAUCAUUUAUUUGUGUAGCAGCACCAUUCUUGUAUGAUAAGUUACCUGAGGAACCCCUUAAGCUUUCCAUCCUCAAAUUGGAUGGCUCUUCUUUCGAUAUUGAAGUGCCUAGAAAUGGUAACGUGGAAGAUCUCAAACGGGCCGUGGUAGAGGCCUUCAGCCAUUGCAAGAUUUCAUGGUUACAUGUAUGGGGGCAUUUUUGUCUGAGCUAUGGCGGACAGAAGCUACUUUCAGAUGAUGAUUUAAUAGGAACCUACGGGAUCAAGGAUGGCGAUGAGGUUUAUUCUCUUCCAUUGGAUGUUUUCAUAAAAAAAUAA